AUGUCCUUUCUGGAGAACUCAGAUGUGAAAAUGGACUCUCAAGAAUGGGAAAAAGAUGAACCCCAGGGCUGCUCAGAAGGUCCAAAUACGAAGGUCAGACACCCGGAGCUGUUCUGUAUUAGUGAUUUGGAUCAGAAAGUCCUGGUUGUAGACUGUGGAGUCCUCAAAGCAGUUCCAAAAAAAAGCUACGUAAAACCAGAGGUUUUCUCUGUAUUUCCCUCACACUUGAGGUCAGCCUCUGAAGUAAAAGGAAGUCCAGUUCUCUUGGCAGUUGAUAAUGGAGAGCUCUAUCUCUGCUGUGAAAAGGGUAAAGGACAAAGUCAACCAUCGCUGCAGCUGAAGAAGAAGAAAAUUAACGGUCUGGAUGCCCAGAAGAACCCCAAACUUAAGCCCUUCAUCUUUUAUAAGGCCGAGGUGGGAUCCCGGUACACUUUGGAGUCAGCUGCCUACCACAACUGGUUUCUCUGCACCUCUUCCAAGGCUUAUGAACCUGUUGGAAUGACAGAUAACCUCGGGAAACACAAACACACUGAGUUUUCUUUUGUAAAGUUCUGA